AUGGCGGUGGGCAACAUUUUGUGGGACUACUUCUACUACGCAAGCCGCGAGCGUCAGCGAUGGUGGAGACUUCUGGAUGGCAAUAUCUCUGUCGACAAGAUCUCUAUUAUCGUCAUCCGCUACUCGCUUCUUGCUAUCGUCAUCUUUGGACUUCUUUUCUAUGUCUUCCAAAGCCACGGCCGAUGCUUGUCGCUUUUUCGUGCGUAUUAUAGCUUCUACGUCAUCGUCUGGCUCGGUUGUAACGCCAUCUUCAUCCAGAGGUUUGGCAAGCUCGAGAUUGACUCCAAAUUUGGCCAAAGAAUCUUUAUUGGAGCCGCACUUUUCGGCCUUUUAUUAUGGGGUGUCACGAUCCGGUCACUCGAUUCUGCAGAUCUCCCGCCGUGGCAAUCGAGCGUCCAAGGUAGUCACUGCCUUUUGAAACACCUUCCUCAGGAGACGGCGUUGGGCUGGCUAUCAUCUUUGGUCAUCAAUGUUCUCCAGCUGUUUGGUACCCUGGGUGUCUACCGCAAGCAUCAGCGCUGCCAGUACAGACUCAAGUACGAGCGUCGUCACGGAAUGACAGGAAGCGAUACAUCAGACCGGAAUGUCGAGACGGGGAGCGGGCGAGAGCAGAUUUCGGUCUUGCGCAACCAGGCAUCCAUGAUGCGGCUGGGUUCCUUGCGCGAGACUAUGUUCGCCGCCAAUUUCGUCUACAUCAGCGCAGUGUUUAUCGUUAAUGCUGUGGCCCUCAUUGCGACACUGGGAAUCUCCGAUCCGGCCCUGUCGCAUUGCGUCCCUUGCCUGGCGUUCUCUUUGCAUGGGACCUGCAUUACGCGGCUGAUUUUGGAUCCAGACGAAAGCACGACAUUGGUCUCCUUGAGGGGCAGAGAUCAAUUCAAGGCAGUCGAGCGACUUGUGGCGGAAUCGGAACAUCGAGAUUCGGGCCUUGCAGACAGGAGAGCCAAGAUUGGAAGCUCGCCGCUGCGCCGCUUCUCCAGAGAUCUCCUUACCAAUCAAGCAGAGAGAAGGAUGCGUGACGCUUGUUCUAGUCUUCCUCACUUCGAGAUCGUCAAUCCGUCGCCUUUCAACGUUACACCUCUGACGCCUUGCCAUGCUCCGGACACGGUGCAUCCCGCCCGUGGGAGCUAA